AGUCGCGAAUUGACCUUAGUCGGAGUAAGAACUCUCGCGAGAUAUCAAAACAACGUUGGUACAAAGAGUGCGGGUGACUUUUUUUUAUAAUUUUAUCGAGUGUGUGGCCGUUAAGGCAGGACUUUGUGAAACGUCUUGAAAAACUGUCAAGACGAGGUCGGACGAGGGACAUCCCGUGGAGCGCGGUUAUCCGACGGCGUCUCCUUGGCCCGCUCUAUCCCUUACGGCUCACGAACUGGACCCUGUAGCAGCCGCUUGGGGUAGAAAACUUUAUCCAGGAACGGGAACGUCAAGAGUAGCCGGUCCUGGUCUGAUGUUCGGUCUGCAUCAUCAUCAAGAUGCUACCGGGCUACACCAUCACCAUCAACCCCGUGGACCGAGUCUCAAAGAGGAACCUCUUUCCACGGCUCGGUCGUGGAUGCAAGGAACAGUUUCCGAUCAAAACGGAUCGCAAGUAGGUCGUGCCCAUUUCGAAAAGCAACCGCCUAGCAAUCUGAGGAAAUCGAAUUUUUUUCACUUCGUCAUCGCUCUAUACGACCGAGCCGGUCAACCGGUGGAAAUCGAGCGAACUGCUUUCAUCGGUUUCAUUGAAAAGGACCAGGAAACGGACGGUCAGAAAACAAACAAUGGAAUUCAGUAUAGACUACAGUUGUUGUUCGCUAACGGUGUACGACAAGAACAAGACAUAUUUGUUAGGCUCAUAGACUCUGUCACCAAACAGGCAAUCAUUUAUGAGGGACAGGAUAAGAAUCCCGAAAUGUGUCGGGUGCUGCUUACACACGAAAUUAUGUGCAGUCGGUGUUGUGACAAGAAAAGUUGUGGAAACAGAAAUGAAACACCUUCAGACCCUGUGAUAAUAGAUCGAUUUUUCCUUAAGUUUUUCCUUAAAUGUAAUCAAAACUGCUUAAAAAAUGCCGGAAAUCCACGGGAUAUGCGGAGAUUUCAAGUAGUGAUAUCGACGCAAGUAGCUGUAGAUGGUCCACUUCUGGCUAUAUCUGACAACAUGUUUGUACAUAACAAUUCGAAACAUGGUAGGAGAGCGAAAAGGCUCGAUCCCACAGAAGGCCAAUUUCCAGGACUGUACCCGCCUCUUCCAGUAGCGACCCCCUGUAUAAAAGCGAUCAGUCCCAGCGAAGGUUGGACGGCCGGAGGAUCGACAGUUAUUAUAGUGGGAGAUAACUUUUUUGAUGGACUACAAGUCGUUUUUGGCACUAUGCUCGUAUGGAGCGAGUUGAUAACGCCUCACGCAAUACGAGUUCAAACACCUCCUCGACAUAUACCGGGAGUUGUAGAAGUAACUUUAUCAUAUAAAUCUAAACAAUUUUGUAAAGGAGCACCUGGCAGAUUUGUAUAUGUUUCCCUCAACGAACCAACGAUAGAUUACGGUUUUCAAAGACUACAAAAACUCAUACCGAGGCAUCCGGGAGAUCCUGAAAAACUACCAAAAGAAAUAAUAUUAAAGAGAGCAGCAGACUUAGCAGAGGCCUUAUAUUCGAUGCCUCGAAACAAUCAGCUGACGUUAUCAGCACCCAGAUCACCGACGAUGGGCAACAAUGGUAUGACUUCGACGUUUAAUGCUUACACCGGUCAGUUGGCUGUCAGCGUUCAGGACAACGGAAACGAAGACUACGGGGGGCGGACACAAAGUAGCAGUGUAUCUCCACGCGGAGGUGGCUACUGCUCGAACGCAUCAACGCCUCAUUCUUCGAACGGGGGAGGUUCGUACGCGGGCGGAAGUAGCAGCGGUAACAUCAAUGGAGGAUAUGGAGGAGCAACACCAACUAGCAGUUCGCAGUUAUCCAAUAUGCUACCGGGAUCACCGUCAGCAGGAAUAUUCAACUCAACACCAAGAAUGAGUUUAGUGUCGUCUCCAUUCGCCUCAAUGAACCCCUUCGCUCUUCCCACGUGCAACUCGCAAGGCUACAGCUCCACGACGGCCUUAGUGGGAUCCAGCAAGUAGCCCGAGGAGUCUUCAAGUCCAAACACUCCAAACAGUAAUGUUUCGUCCCCGCAAGACGUUUCCGGUACAAUGUAUACGGCAUAACGCGUACCAAAAACUUUAGGUGUUACACGAAAUAUGAACUUGAAUAUCGACGGAACCAAUAUUUUCAAACCUUUCGGUUUAAUAUUUUUUGAUAUUUGAUAAGAAAACCAGGAUUGGUUGGUGGCAAAGGGCGGCCCAUGCUCCUCGAAACAAUUUCUAAUUUCCUGUUAUAUUUUGCUUUAAAUAUUAAAUGGUUCCUCCAUGAAUAUUUUCCGGAAAAUCGAUUUGAAGUCCACAACACACACAAAUCUCGGUAGUGGAUAAAACAGGUUAGACAAUUUGUUAAAAAAUCUGGCGCUGAGCUUAUUCUGUAAAUUGCACGACUAAAAAAAUAAUUUGACGAGGUGUUUGAUAAUAAAUCACGAGUACUUAAACUUAUUCAAACAUUUUCUGAACAAACUACGAUCGAAUGAUAUCAAAAAUCGAUUUGAAUUCCACAUUUUCGAAUCUUUGCAUCGAGAAGUUACAAAAUGGUGUGGGAUUGAAACAUACUGAACAAAUCAAGAAGUAGCAGAAGAUGCUUGAGUCAGAGUUCUAGCAGAGGCUCUAAGUGGAUUUUGUAGAACCCAAGCACCUCAUACUGACGGAAAUAGAUGACUGUACAUAAGAAAAGGAAUUAUCUAAGUGCAAAGCACUAGAAAAUCUUCGGGAAGGAACCUGCGAGUUUAUUUGACAUGAUAGGAAACUCGUCUUAACUGAUUGAGCUGGAUUUCUUAAGAUAUAUUAAAUUAUCAACUAUAAAAGUACUACUAGUUUCAGAAUAAGGCUUUAGACGUUGAAUACAGGGGCAGACAUUUGGGGAACGGGUAGCAUUUUUUAGCUUUUACCCCACCUACCCUAAAAUACAAAAUUACCAUAUUUUUCCGACAUAUUUGAAUCGAGCAUGACCUUUAAACGGAAUUUCUAGUCAAUAUUAAAAAUACAAGCAUUGUAUUUCGAAAAAUAAUUGAAAAUAUUAAUCUGUCGAUAUUCAUUUUAAUCAAUUCGUUAUUGUAAAUUAUAUAAAUAUUUGUAUAAAUACGUACAUUCGAACAAAGUAAAUUAGAUUUGUUUAUAAUUGAUAAUGAAACAAAUAUUUUGAAGGAUAAAAAACCUAAUGAACUGUGAUCACCAAAUACUUAUGAAACAUUCAACAAUUUAUAUAACAUUUGAUUUACCCAAUGAGAUUUUUCAGUUUUACAAACAAAACUCUGGCUAAAUCGGCAAACACUAUCAGGGUAAAUCAAAUGUCAACUGAAAGGGCGCAUAUCACAACUAUUUAUUGACUUUCCCUGUACAUCUCUCCCCUUACAUUUCUUACGCAGCAAGUUAUUAUUGAAAUAUUGAAAAAUUCAGUUUAAUAUACACUUGUGAUAAAAAAAAAGUUAGAUAAUCAGUUUUAAUCAAUUUUGGUGGACAUAUUUAUUGGUUAUUAUGAAUCGAUGGGUUUAGGAUGGAUUCCGAAUCAUUGAUGCUAAAAUCUGUGGAGGAUUUUCUAUAUUCAACACCAUCUAUAUCAUAAACAGGUUCAAUUAGAGACAGAUCAUCUUGGUCUGAAUGGAACAUAGCUUGACUUCUUCCUCAACGUAGCAGUUCUACUGAAACUAUCGGUGUUUUGCUAUAUACAAUAAAACCCACAGUGUGAUACACACGAAGCUGUAUCUCUAAUUAACUACCCCGUAGCCAUCUUACAUAAAUAAGAGCGGACAUAAAGUCAUUGAAGAUGAUCUAAUUCAAUUGCUGAUUCCACUGAAUUCUCUGUCCACACCAGUUAACAAAAUCACUGAGAUACAACUUGGUAUUCGAAAAUAAUACGGUUUCUCCGAUGAUGCUAAAGAAAUAAGAACCUAGAGCCUCAAAUAAGGAACAUAUCGUUAGCUCUAAGAGAUUUCUGAGCCAUUAGAAUGAUAAACUCUAACUUUUUGUGACCGUUUUUGUUGGUGCUACAAUAUGGUGGAUAAAUAUAUGUUAACUAUAAACUAGCUUCCUGCUACUCCACAAAACUUUUCUUAAAGUUAAUUAACUAAGAUACCUGACCUAUUAUUCAUAAUAUAAAAUAAAUUCAUAAACCAAUUUUGUCGUAUUGAAACUGGUGCGUGUCAUUGUCCCUAAAUGUAAAGUUAACGCAUUCGUAACAAACAUAAAAUACAGUCUCUGAGUUUUUAGAUUUUUUAUCGAAAUUUCAAUAAUUUCCGUGCUUGCUUCGUAAGAAAAUUCAUUUCUCUGCUCUGUCAUAUCGUAAUAAAAGAUACAUAUCGCUUUAGAGCUGGGAUUAAGAGAAUUUUCAAAUAUGAAUAAGUUGUAAAUAUAUAUAGAAAAAUUUUGUACAAAUAUGUAUAGUAACAAGGGGGUUACACAACGACUAUCAAUAUAUUUUGUAAAUUAACAUAUCUUAGAUUAUUUAAUUUCGUUUUUGUAGAUUGUAAAUAAAUAUAGAAGAGAAGAAAGCAAUUUAGUAACGAAAUGUACCGGGUGGUCUUCGAGUUUUUUGAAAUGAAAAAUAAAUACCUAAAACGUAUACGAAUCUCAUUUUGUUUAUUUUUCAAAUUAUCAUUCAUCGUUCGAAUUUUAAUUUAUUUUAAAUGAAAAUUACAAUUUUCAAUAAAAGAUCGUUACAUUAUGUAUAAUUUGUACAUACUAUUGUUAUUUAUUUUUGAAUUUUUUUUAAAUUCGUGCAAAUAUUUAUUUCGUUAUUUUGUGCAAUUUUCGAAUGUUUUUUUUUUAAACUCAUUGAUGUAUAAUAAAAUUUAUAUAAAAA